AGAGUCGGCUCUCUGGGGGGCUGGAGACCCCGCGCCGAGUCGGGGUCGGAUCAGGGUUAAGGUCAGGGUCAGGGCCACGACCGAAUCCGGCCCAGCCAGAGGCAGGCUGCCCUCACAAAGUCCCAGGCCCCCCGGGAACUUGUCCGCGGGACCGCCCCGCCCCUGCUCCUCCUUGGGGCGGGCAGCCCAGGUCCCUGCCCCUCCUUCAGGAGUCUCUUCGGGUCCGUGAACCCUAAACAGGCGGGCAGGCUGGCCGGCAAGCAGGCUGGGGCCGGUGCUGCAGCCGCGCCUGGCAGAUGGACCCACGGACCCCCAGACCCGGCGCCAUGUCUCACGGCCCGGGGGUCAUUCGCACCACGUGUAGCAGCAGUGGUAUCGCCGGAGUGGACGUGCCCCCGUCGGGCCCGGCCCCCGUCCCGGGCCCUUCCGAGGGGCUGCUGGCCCGGGGUUACCCCGCCACGUACCCCGCCUUGCUCAAGGUGGCGCAGAUGGUAUCUCUUCUUAUUGCUUUUCUCUGCGUGAAGAACUCCAUGUGGACCGACUAUAGUGCCUACAGCUACUUUGAAGUGGUCACCAUGUGUGAUCUGCUGAUGAUUCUCGUCUUCUACCUGGUCCACCUUUUCUACCUCUACAGGAUGCUCACCUGUAUCAGCUGGCCCUUGGCGGAAUUCCUCCAUUACUUAAUUGGUACAAGCCUCCUGCUGAUUGCAUCCAUUGUGGCAGCAUCCAAGAGUUACGGCGUAGACGGGCUCGUGGCCGGAGCGGUCUUUGGGUUCCUGGCUACUGUGCUGUGCAUGGUGAGCAUCUGGUCGUCUUACAAGAUCUCGUGUAUAACCCAGGCCACAGCUGCAGCUGUGUGAUAGCGUCACCCAUAAUGCCUCGUACCCCCUGGUAGGAAGAGCCCCCGUGGGGCAGAAGGGGACAUACGGACGGCCGGAAGAACCACCUGUUGUGGGUGGGAGGAAGAAGGCUUUGGAAGCAAAGUCUUUGGUGCCAAAGUACUGCCCAGAAGGAUGGCGAGCCUUCUUCAGGGCCCCCCCACGCCCUUCCUGGAGUUCUGUCCAGGAGAUGGGCUUCCCCAGACUCCUGUUCCAGCUUUCUCAACAACAGCCCUGCCUCUUCUUGGGAAGGUGAUGGCGCGGACUGGACUAGACGGGCCGGGAAGGGAAGCCGCAUCUCAAGCCUGCUGCCUCCUGCUGUCCGGCAAACCUCUUCAGGUCCCAGGUUUCCCAUUUCAUAGGCGUGCGAGGCCGAGCCCUCUCUAAUGCUGUCUUCAAUUCAGUCUGGGCGGAAGGGGCGCUAUCUCGCGAACAUUAUAUAUAUCCUUUUGUAAAACCCCCUCUUCCCCAUCCCUAAUUUAUCUGCUUUUGUAAAUCCAACACUGAUGUUCAGCUUGCUUAAAGUGAGAUGCCCCCGAUAAAUCCCAUACAACAGUA